AUGUCAGAUCUGGUCUCAAUUUUCCUCCAGCUCCUUCUCUUCAAGUUGGUUGCCCCGGUGACCUUUCGCCACCACCGCUAUGAUGACCUCGUGCGGACUCUGUACAAGGUGCACAAUGAAUGCCCCCAUGUCACGCGGGUUUACAGCAUUGGGCGCAGUGUGAAGGGGAGACACCUCUACGUGCUGGAAUUCAGCGACUACCCUGGAAUCCACGAGCCCUUGGAACCGGAAGUCAAGUAUGUGGGGAAUAUGCACGGCAACGAGGUGCUGGGCCGCGAGCUGCUGCUGCAGCUGUCGGAGUUUCUGUGCGAGGAGUUCCGCAACAGGAACCAGCGCAUUGUCCGGCUGGUGGAGGGCACGCGCAUUCACAUCCUGCCGUCCAUGAACCCCGACGGCUACGAGGUGGCCGCCGCCGCCCAGGACAGGGACACUUCUGGGUAUCUGGCUGGCAGGAACAAUGCAAACGGAGUGGACCUGAACCGCAACUUCCCUGAUCUCAAUACCUACAUCUACUACAAUGAGAAGAAUGGAGGCCCCAACCACCACUUGCCCCUUCCAGACAACUGGAAAAAUCAGGUGGAACCCGAGACCCAGGCAGUGAUCCAGUGGAUCCGCUCCUUCAACUUUGUCCUUUCGGCCAAUCUCCAUGGAGGGGCAGUGGUGGCCAAUUACCCAUAUGACAAGUCCCUUGAGCACCGGGUCCGAGGUUUCCGCCGCACUGCCAAUACCCCCACGCCUGAUGACACACUUUUCCAGAAGCUGGCCAAGGUCUACUCCUAUGCACAUGGAUGGAUGCACCAAGGUUGGAACUGUGGGGAUUACUUCCCAGAUGGCAUCACCAACGGGGCUUCCUGGUAUUCUCUCAGCAAGGGAAUGCAAGACUUUAAUUACCUCCAUACCAACUGUUUUGAGAUCACGCUGGAACUGAGUUGUGACAAGUUUCCGCGGCAAGAGGAAUUACAGCGCGAGUGGCUGGGUAAUCGGGAAGCCCUAAUUCAAUUCUUGGAACAGGUACACCAAGGCAUCAAGGGAAUGGUGCGGGAUGAGAAUUAUAAUAAUCUUGCGGACGCUGUCAUUUCUGUCAGUGGGAUUAACCAUGAUGUCACUUCAGGUGACCAUGGAGAUUACUUCCGGCUGCUGCUUCCAGGUACCUACUCUGUCACUGCCACAGCGCCCAGGUUUGACCCAGAGACAGUGAGUGUGACCGUGGGUCCUGGGGAGCCCAAACUGGUUAAUUUCCAACUCAAGAGAAGCACCCCUCCAGCAGCCCCUAAGAGGAGAGGCCCCAACUCAGGGCAUAGAGGCAGAGUCUUACCAAAGAAAGUAAACCCCCGGGCAGCUAGGAAAAAAGAAAUGAUGAUGAAACAGUCCCAGAGAGUCCCUGCCUGAAAUCCACAGUCCCCGGGGCAACACUUUAGAAACGCUUUGUUCCCGCUCUCACACCACAUGAAGCAUUCUUUCUAUUUUAUUAUCUGAGACAUAUUUAAAUAUAAACAUAUUCAGAACAA